AGGUCGGAGAUUGCGGUUGUGCUUUUGACCAGGUUUCGGUCUGCUACUAGAGCAGAGCAUUCUCUUCUUCUCCUCUCAUUUGUCCGCGCUUGAAAUCUCAUAGGUCAUCGUCAUUACUGGAUUGGAUCAGGGGCAUAAGGCCAUUCUAAGCAACUGGACAGCCAUGGCGUUCUUUCAAAGCAUGAUAUGGAAUAUUGAUCUGCAGUUAGUUUUCUGAUUAAAGGAAGUCCUGCUAUUCUUGGUGACCAAGAAGAAGAUGCCGAUUGAUGUUUUUGGGAGAGAUUUUGAUUACUGAGAAAAUCAAAAUCCAAACCGGAAGACCGAAGAACACAUCUCGGGUCGGCACACGUGGUAUGGAGAGAAGGAGGAUGCAAGUGCCCCAAAUUUGAUAUGGAGGUUUCUGACGACCGUAUUCCUCGACUUACAAGUGGCCAAAAGGUUUCUGGGGAGUUAUCUGCUGCUUCACCUGAACGCCUCUCUGUGGCAUCUCCUGAUGUUGGUGCUGGGAAGCGCAUCCAUGCUCUACCUUCUGCAGCUGAUGCUAAUCAAUUGCGUACUUCGCUCUUGUUAUUCACAGACAUCCUUGUCUCUACAUGGUUGUAAACCCUAGGUAUGGCGCAUAUUGGUUAUGUGGUACUGGCAAUGCAGCUAACAAUAGGGUGACCCAUUGAGGGAAUUUGAUUCAUCAGGACUGAACAAUGUUGCCUGGAAGGAAAGGGUUGAUGGCUGGAAAAUGAAGCAAGAGAAGAAUAUAGCUCCAAUGAGCACUGCCCAGGCUACUUCUGAAAGAGGAGGUGGUGAUGUCAAUGCCAAGCACCGAUGCGCUUGUGGAUGACUCUUUACUGCACGACGGAGAAGGAGAACCAUCACAGUUAGCUGCUGUUGUCGGUACUGUCGACCCACUAAAGAACAUCCUCUAGUGACAGCAAAUACAGCAUUCUUCGUUCUUGCAGUUGACUACCCAGUUGACAAGGUCUCAUGCUAUGUAUCCAACGAUGGAGCUGCUAUGUUAACUUUCGAGGUCCCUUCUGGAACAUCAGAGUUCGCAAGGAAAUGGGUUCCUUUUGUAAGAAGCAUAGCGUAAAGCCUUAAGCCUUGAGCCCCCGAAUGGUGCUUCGCUCCGAAAAUCGACUACUUGAAGGACAAAGGUCAUCCGUCAUUUGUCAAAGAUCACAAAGCUAUGAAGGCAUGACUUUAGAUCAGAAUCUUGAAGGUUCCCGAGGAAGGAUGGAUAAUGCAAGAUGGGACUCCAUGGCCUGGAAAAAAUACGAGGGACUGCCCCAGAAUGAUUCAGAUUUCUCUUGUUUCCUAUCGUGCUGCGUUUUAAAGGCCAUGACUCCACAUCCAAGUUCUCGACUCAGUUAUGAUACGGGGCAAAGUGGAGGUCUUGAUGCUAAGGGUAAUGAGUUGCCACGUUUGAUCUAUGUUUCUUGUGAAAAACGUCUGGGCUUCCAACAUCACAAGAAAGCUGGUGCCAUGAAUGCUCUUGUGAGAGUCUCUGCUGUCCUCACUAAUGGACCUUUCUUGUUGAAUCUUGAUUGUGAUCCCUACAUAAACAACAGUAAGGCAUUGAGAGAAGCCAUGUAUCUCUUGAUGGAUCGUAACCUUGGGAAACAUGUGAGUCAUGUUCAAUUUCCAAAGAGAUAUGACGGUGUUGACAGAAAUGACAGAUACACCAAUUGCGAUAUUGUGUUCUUUGGUUUAGGCUCUUUGUCUCUUCAUUAAAAUACAUUUUCUUAUGUUAUGUCCAAUUGCUACUUGCACUGACAUCAGAAUGACGUCCUCUGCCGAAGCGAGUUCUUUUGUUGUGGACUAAGAUUAAAACACUCUUCAGCUUCCUUGCAUAACUCAUUAGGCGGACAUUCUGUCUUAUGAUCUGGACAAGCUUAAGAGGUUUGGAUGGCAUCCAAGGUCUUGUUUAUGUUGGAACUGGCCGUAUGUUCAAUGGAACAGCCUUAUAUGGUUAUGAAGCUCCUCACAAGCCAAAGCAUAGAAAGUGAGGAUUCCUGUCUUCUCUCUGUGGUGGAUCACGAAAGAAGGCAAGAUGAAGUAAAAAGGUUUUUGACAAUAAGUGGCAAACAUGUAGUUCCAACUGUGCCUAUCUUCAGCCUGCAAGAUAUAUAAGAGGUUGUGGAAGGUACAGAUCUAGCUAUUUCUUGGAUCAUUCAAAUUUGGCUGGAAACUUCCUUGCAACCUCCAUAACAAUUGACUGGUCAACAGCAGAGAGUGGUACACAAGUUAGUGAGGCCUUGAGAUCUGGAAUGUAACCUCAUUUAAUAGUGGCCCUUGAGGUUUUGACACUUUUGCCUGAGGACGACUUUUGUCCCUGAUGACUUGGCAUUCUUACGACGAAGCAAUUUCUACAUUCUUUCAGUAAUGUAGUUUCUUAGGUUUUUCUUAAUGUUUUCUUUUCUUGGAUUUUACCUAGCUUCAUCAAUCACUUAUUUCAUUGAGACCUUGCCAAUGUGCUUUAAUAGUUCAUGUUGGCAAUCCUGCCCACUAUCCAUUUUAAUGCUGCUCCUGUGUGUAAGAGCUAUUAAAUAUCGAACAGUUCAUUUUAGGUGAUAGUGUUGAUCUUCUGCUCGAGACUUAUAAUGCUGUAAGGAGCUUUAACAUUUAUAUUAGAACCUCUCUGGCUUACAUUUUAUUUUCAUAUUCAUAGGUGCUGGAUUUGAUGAUGAAAAGUCAUUGCUUGUGUCGCAAAUGAGCCUGGAGAAGAGGUUUGGUCAGUCUACUGUCUUUGUGGCCUGUACAUUUAUGGAGAAUGGUGGCGUUCCUCAAUCUACAACUCCAGAAACCCUUCUUAAAGAGGCUAUUCAAGUCAUCAGUUGGGGUUAUGAGGAUAAAACGGACUGGGAAGUGAGGUAUGUGAGCUUAUUAUAAUAUUUAUUCCAUUAGAGUGUUUGUUGUUUAAGAGAAACAAAGAUACAUAAGUCAUGGGCUAGCAGAUCCUUGACCACAUGAUAAACCAUGCGGUGUCUAGCAAGUCAAGAAGACAUCGAGCUAGCCUUCAUUCUAUAGUUGUUCUUAAGAAUAGUAUGAUGAAUAGCAUCCUUGUAUUAUGCCACACUACGAACAGCUUAGCUUGAGCAUUCAAACCCUUGAGCAAGAUGCACGAAACAUUUUAGGCAUGACAACUGGUUUUGGCCUGCAAUGGCCUCAUAAGGAGAGUAGCAUAAGCUUUUGACCAAUUUGUGCAUGGG